AUAGAACUUCAAAAAUAUAAUUUAAGAAAAUGAAUUUCAGCAAAGAAUAGAAGAAUAAUCUUUUUCUCAGAAAAACAGAGGCAGCAAGUGGAAUGCAGAGUGGAAUGAGGAAGAUAUCAGCUUUCCGCGAAAAUGCCAGAAUAGUGAAAUAUUCGAAAUGCUCCAAGGGGGCCCAUGCGGAUGAUGACCUUGAUGACGUCACUGUGAUAAAUAGUGCCGUCCCCGAAAAUGUCAAGUACGGGACGGCAGGAAGUAUGACGGCCAAUGGACCACGGGUCGUGCCAGGUAUUAUAACCUCCAGUGGAGGCGAAAUGAGUUGUAUGGUUAGCAAUGAGCGGCGUGGUGUGAACAAUGCUUCAACGCCCCUAUAUGCUACUGGAGGACCCUCUACACCUUCGGGUCCGAGUGAUAAGCAAGGGUCCGAAUCUAGACAGUCACUGAUAGAUACAGUGACCAGGAGAGUCACUGCUCCUGAGCCUUAUGCCUUUGUCAAUAAGGCCCAUAUUGGGUCUGAUUUAGAAAUUCCCAGAAAGGCUAGAGAAAUCAGAAGGCGGGAAAUAAAAAAAGAUCUUGAGAAAUGGGAGACGAGCACUUCCAGCAGCGACAGAUCGAUGUGCAAGUGGACUUUUGUGUUCGAUCCAUCAGGUAGACUCUGCUAUUACUGGUCUGUAGUGGUCAGCGUGGCCUUCCUUUAUAACUUCUGGGUCAUCAUAUACAGAUUUGCCUUCCAAGAAAUCAACGUUGAGACUCUCCAUGCUUGGUUUACUUUAGACUACAUGGCAGAUUUCAUUUACAUUUUAGACAUAGCGGUUCAUUUUAGGACAGGUUAUCUAGAAGAGGGUGUGUUGCAAACGGACUCGGUGAAAUUGAGACAGUAUUACGUCAAUUCGACCAUGUUUUACAUUGAUUGCAUGUGUCUUUUGCCUUUGGAUUGCCUUUACUUGUCCAUAGGUUUCAAUUCCAUUCUUCGCAGCUUCAGGAUUGUCAAAAUUUACAGAUUCUGGGCCUUCUUGGAUCGAACUGAACGUCAUACAAACUAUCCAAAUGUUUUCCGAGCAUUAUCCCUCACUCAUUAUGUCCUCGUGAUAUUCCAUUGGAAUGCUUGUUUAUUUCACAUCAUUUCAAAGAACGGAGGUUUUGGAUCUCAGGAUUGGUUCCCGAAAGCGGAAGAGAGCAACGAUGUGCUGAUUGAGUAUUUGCACGGAUUCUAUUGGAGUACUCUGACCUUAGCUCACAUCGGAGGAUUGCCUCAUCCACGAACUCGAGGAGAAUAUUUUUUUCUACUGGGUCAACUUCUAUGUGGAUUGUUCCUCUUUGCCACGGUGUUGGGACACGUUGCAAAUAUAGUAACUAACAUCAGCUUGCCGAGGAAAGAAUUUCAAGCUAAGCUGGACUCUGUGAAAACUUACAUGCGAAUGAGAAAAGUUCCUGGCCAACUUUUCAACAAGGUCAUCAAGUGGUUCGACUACCUGUGGAUGACGCAGAAGUCCUCUGACGAAGAACGGUCAGUCGGUUGCCUCCCUGACAAACUUAAGGCAGAGAUUGCCAUUCAUGUGCACCUGGACACGUUGAAGAGGGUGGAGAUUUUCCAGAACACAGAACAAGGCUUCCUUAGAGAGCUAGUACUGAGGUUGAGGCCUGUGCUUUUCAGUCCCGGUGACUUCAUUUGCAGAAAAGGUGAAGUCGGCAAGGAAAUGUACAUCGUCAACCGCGGCAGAUUGCAAGUUGUUACGGACAACGGGAAGACGGUUUUGGCCACUCUGAGAGCUGGCAGCUACUUUGGGGAGAUCAGCGUCCUUAACAUGGGAACAGCAGGAAACAGAAGAACGGCGUCCGUCCGGUCUGUCGGAUACUCCGACCUCUUCUGUCUCUACAAGCAGGACAUGUGGGAUGUUUUGAAAGACUACCCGGCGGCAAGAGUCCGGCUUGAGGCGAUCGCGGUCAAACGGCUUGAGAAAUACAAGAAAGAAGAGGAUGGGAAGAAAAUGACGUCAUGCAUCACUGUUCCUCCUGCAGUGUCCAUGGGCCGCAGUCGCAGCACCCCCGGACUCGUAGAAUCCCGUGGGAAAGUGCCUCUGGAAGAGAUGCCCAUUCCGGAAGAUGAUAUACAAGUGACCAGUCACUCGAGUGGCGACCCGGAUAGCUCUGCCAGCAGAGGAACUGCUCGUUGCCAUUUUCAGCCCACCAACUUCCUUUCACCAACUGUAACCUACACCCUACCGGGGGCAUCCAGUAUUCAAUCCGGUACUUCAGAUUCCACCAACGUUGAACCUCACAUGCCCUACACUCGAUCGAAUGUGUUGUCCAUCAUACCGUCCUCACCCUAUCGGACUCGGUCACCUGUGCCAGCCUACUCAGCGAAUCUUGAUCAGCAAGGAUGGUAUGUGCAUCCACAACCUUUGCCUUAUGUAGCAGCUACAGCCGUACCAGUCCAUCCUGAGAGGGAGGCACUGAUGUCCGAGGUCAAGAGGCUGAGAGAGAAACUGGUCAAUUUGGAAGCUGACAAUACGAACAUGAGGAUCCAACUGAGCCAGCAACAGUGGGAUUUCGAGAACCGGUUGACUGGCCUCGAGCUGCAGCUUUGCACUACUUCUGGGGCGACCACAUCUCCAAGCAUACCAAGUCCUGAUGAAAAUAAUCAGGAAUCCAUAAUAUGAAUAUUUCUUGAAGAAAGGAAAUUUUCUGUAAGAAUUGUAUCGUUUAUGCUCCGGUUUCACGAAGCGUAUUGUAUAGUAGCUUCCACCAGUUUUAGAUUAAAGUAAGUUUCGUAUGAUGGAUGAAUAGCAUAAACUGUUUAAAACAUUUUGCUCAACAAUGGUUAUUUCCCAAAUAUAGAUCGAUCAA